GAGUUUAUUUGCCCAGACUCAGGUGACGUCAGGGCGACAAAGUAAACACCUCAACGCUGUGCCAUGGCGGACAUUUGUUAGUGUGACACCAGUGUCACCAGGAGCUUGUUAGCAGACCGAGUAGACAUUGUUGUUGUUUUCAGAGCCGCUCUCCCGCACCUUCAACUUCUCUUUUAUGUCGUCUCGUUUUAUGUCAAAAUGGCGGUAAACAAAACGUGCGUAAGUGUCGCCUACGCCUCGGUCGGCGUGUUGGUGGGUUUGUCUGCUUUCAUGGUGUGGAAUGUCGUGUACACACAACCGUGGACUGCAGCCAUGGGAGGACUGUCAGGUGUGCUGGCUCUGUGGACCCUCAUCACCCACGUCAUGUACCUGCAGGACCACUGGCGCACCUGGUUGAAGGGUCUCAAGUUCUUCUUCUUCGUGGGUGUUUUCUUCUUUGUGCUGGCGGUGGUAGCGUUCAUCACCUUCCUGUCCAUCGCCAUCCGUCACCACCAGUCCCUGACGGACCCUCACAGUCUCUACCUGUCCUGCGUGUGGAGCCUCAUGACCCUCAAGUGGUCCUCCCUGCUCUCUCUCUCCUCCCACCGCUACCGCCAAGAGUUUGCCCACAUCAGCAUCCUCAGCGACUUCUGACGCAGGACGUGAUGGACGACCUUGAAGAUGCUGGCCGGGGGAGAAACAACUUGCUGUCAGUCACUGCUGUGUCUUUGCAGUUUCACCUCAUUGCCACCAGGGGCCCUCGCCACUCCAACAAUGUCCUGACAUCCACACCGGGAUGGUGGAAGAAGUCCUCAUGGCCGAGGUACGACAGGACAUUUUCGAUGCGGACAAUGACUUUUAUGCAAACUGAACCUUGCAAGAAUGGACAAUAUUGGGCGGAAAAAAACUGCAUGCAUCGAAAUCCUCCUGAUCAAACACUUUUAUGCCACUUUGUGUUGCUCUUUUUACACCGUCUGAUAAAGCACCCGUUAAUAAAAUGCUCCUUUGACCAAA